CCAAAAAGCAAAUCGACAAAGCACUACCUACCAAGCAGCCAAAACAACAAAAGAUGGUUUUUUUCUCUGAUCCUGCCGCUUCCAGUGUCGUUCAAGAUGCUACUAGUAUCUUUGCCUUGGACGGAGGCGAUGAAAUCUGCACAGCACCUCGAAGGAAAAGCAGCCUACGCAAGCUCAUGGAUUUCUCGGCUGCCUCCAACUCCUCCGAACUUGGAAGCACAAAAAGAUCGUCUCGCAAGUCAAAGAUUCGUCGCAGCCAAUCUACUGUCAGCAAGAAUUCCAAUAGUGCCGAUAUGCAACAACAUCUCGAGGAGAUGGAAGCAUUCUGCCAAGCCUUGCAAGAUGUUGGAAGCAAAAAACGAAAGAAGAUCCUUCGCCAGUCCAUGAUGAGGGCGCACUCCAUGAGAAAGCUUGGUUCCGCAUAAUUGCAACUACUGUGCGCCUUCCCCCUUUGAUAGAUUGUUCCAAUAACAUUACAUAUAAGUACGAACCAGUUUUAUUUCC